UCAGAGGCUGCUGCGGGUACUCGGAUCUGAGAGAGAGACAGUUUAAAGACAAUGGCCUGCAGACGGAGGAAACCCUAAAGUGAUUAAGUGCUUUAACCUUCAACCUGGUCCUGAUAUUGAAGUUAAUUCACUCGCUUCAUCCAACGCCAGUCACGCUACAUGAGAAGAUGGUUACUACUUAUGGGCGUGUGUUGGGUUGGUUUGUUUUUCUUGCUUUAUUUUUUGUGGGCAUGCAGUACUGUAUGAAGCAUCAUUUACCUGACACUUCCUUAAGAGGGCAUAGUGUAUAAAUAUCAGCCAGUGAAUCUGUGGCCUGGGGCUACAAAAGGUCUCACAAUCACUCCUGCCCCCAUCGUUCCCUGGGAUCAUUGUUGGUCUGACGUCCCAACUGCUCAGACAUGGCCCCGAAGAAAGCCAAGAAGAGGUCAGCAGAGGGAGCCAACUCCAAUGUCUUCUCCAUGUUUGAGCAGGCCCAGAUCCAGGAAUUUAAAGAGGCCUUUACCAUAAUGGACCAGAACAGAGAUGGUUUCAUUGACAAGAACGAUCUGAGGGACACCUUUGCUGCUCUUGGACGUCUGAACGUGAAACAGGAGGAGAUUGAUGAGAUGCUCAAAGAGGCUUCUGGCCCAAUCAACUUCACGGUUUUCCUCACUAUGUUUGGUGAAAAGCUUAAAGGUGCCGACCCGGAGGAGACGAUCCUCAACGCAUUUAAAGUCUUUGACCCUGAAGGGAAAGGCGUGCUGAGGAAGGACUACGUGACACAGAUGCUAACAACACAGGCCGACAGAUUUUCUCCUGAAGAGAUGGAGCAGAUGUUUACUGCCUUCCCCCCUGAUGUGGCAGGAAACCUGGACUACAAAAAUCUGGUUCACAUCAUCACUCACGGAGAAGAGAAGGAUCAGGAGUAAACCUUUUUGUGCAUGUACUCAUUAAAUAGAAGGCUUGUCCCUUGAAGGUGACUCACGGCCAUGAAGAGGACGCAGACUGUUUAGCUGGCUUGAAUGUUGGCUUUGUUGUUUCUGUUCGAUGACAUCACGGGACAACGCUGACAAACUGUUCUUUUCCAGACCAAAAAAGUAGACAGUCAUGAGCAUCAGUACAGUCAGAUGUUUGCCCCUUUUCUGCUUUAUCUACAUCCAUCUUAGACUUAUGUCCCCUCCCCUCAUCAUUUUGCACAACAAAAUCUACUUUUGUCAUUUCGUCUUGUCAGGGUUUUGCAUGUUGGUGUAAUAAACAUUUCCA